UUCUGUAAGAACCUAACCUAUUCGGAUGUUUUUAAAAUUUUCCAAAAGGAAAUAAGAAUUUAUCACUAAAAAAUCGUGACAAAUUGCAAAUUAAUUAACAAAAAAAAUAUAUAUAUAUCAAAACAUUAUAAAACUUCUUUGUGCCAUAGUCAGUGUGAAAUCAAUAUAGCUUUAGUGUGAAGACUAGUGUUAAGUUACCAAAUGCAGAAGUUAUUUUGAGUUAUUUUAUAAACUUUAUUAUAAAUCUAAUAAACAAAUCUAAAUUUUUUAGAGCUUUUAACUGAAGUGUACGAGAUAAAAAUUUACUACAAUGAGGUUUCGCUUCUUGGGUGAUGGAGACUGUCCUGAUUGGCUCCUGGCUGAAAUAAAUACAUUGUCACGAAUGACAUCAAUUAAAAUGAAAUUACUCUGUCAGGUUGUUGUUAAAUCUUUAACAGAAGGAGAGUUUGAUGAGGAGAAAGUAAAGAAACUAACGCAAGAUGCUAAACUUGAAUUGGAUGAUUCAAAAGCAAUUGUAGCGGCCUUGGAAUUAAUUUUAACAUCCUCAGCACGUUACGGUGUCUCUCCGGCAGAUUUAAGCAGCGAAUUACAACAACUUGGACUUCCUCGUGAACAUAGUGCCGCAAUUGCCCGAAUUCAUACCGAUAAUUGUCCUCAAGUUACUGCAAUUCUCACCUCCCAAUCUCUUAGACUAAAUCGUUUAACAAGCUUUGAAAUUGUUCCCGGUGAAAAUUCAUCGCCAUUUAAUAAAAUUACACUCAAGUUGAAAAAUAUCAAUGGACAGGAGGACGAAACAAGUAUAAAUAUUUUGAGGAACGAAAUUCCAGUUCUACUAGCGGAUUUAAAAAAAGCAAGAGCCAAAAUGGAUGAGUACUAAAAAAAGGAAAUUUUUUUCUACGAGAAAUGAAGCUGAAAUUUUUUACAAGAACUUUUUAUUGAAAACUUAAGAAAUAAUAGGAUAAAAUAAUGUAAUUAGUAAUAAUUAAUAGAUAGUA